AGUGAACGCAGAAGUUCUGAGCAGCAGUUUCCCAAUCUAUGAUUAGGGGUCCCCGCCCCCUGAAUGGAGGAAGUGUCCAGUAACUUUCAUUUUCAAGCCUGUGCUCUUCUCAAGGCAUCAAGAAGGGACUACGGUUGUUACAUAUGGCUGAAGACACACACAACAAAAACCCACUUAAGAUUUUGGAAUCUGUGGGCAAAGAACUCAUUACUGGUGUUUUGGAUGACUUGGUGGGAAAAAAUGUCCUGAAAUUGGAGGAAGAGGAGAAGAAAAAACUUUAUGAUGCCAAGCUUGAAGACAAGGCACGGGUCUUGGUGGACUCUAUACGAAAGAAACGUCAUGAGGCAGGUCAAAUCUUUGUUCAAACCUUCCUAAACAUAGACAAAAAUUCCACCAGUAUAAAAGCUCCUGAGGAAAUCGUGACUGGACCAGAUGAGUCAGCAGAAACUACAGAUACCCUCAAGCUUUGCCCUCAUGAAGAAUUUCUUAAACUGUGUAAAGAAAGGGCUGAAGAGGAUAUGGAAUCAGUGCUGUGCAGAUUUGCUGCCUGUGAAGAGCACAAAUCUUCAGACAGCACAUUCUUGGUGUUCAUGUCUCAUGGCAUCCUGGAUGGGAUCUGUGGGACUACGCAUAGUGAUGAAAAACCAGAUGUGCUACCUUAUGACACCAUCUUCCGGAUAUUCAACAACCGCAAUUGCCUCAGUCUAAAGGACAAACCUAAGGUCAUCAUUGUCCAGGCCUGCAGAGGUGCAAAUCGUGGGGAAUUAUGGGUCAGUGACUCUCCAGCAGCCUUGGCAAACAGCUCUUCACAGUCACCUGAGAACCUGGAGGAGGAUGCCGUUUACAAGACCCAUGUGGAGAAGGACUUCAUUGCUUUCUGCUCCUCAACCCCACAUAAUGUGGCCUGGAGAGACAUCACAAAAGGUUCUCUCUUCAUUACUCAACUCAUCAAAUGCUUCCAAAAAUAUUCUUGGCGCUGUCAUCUAGAGGAAGUAUUUAGGAAGGUACAAAAAUCAUUUGAAAAACCAACUGUUAAAGCCCAGAUGCCCACCAUUGAAUGACUCUCCAUGACAAGAUAUUUCUACCUCUUUCCUGGCAAUUGAAAAUAGGCUCCCCUGGUGGCACAGUGGUUGAGAGUUCGCCUGCCGAUGCAGGGGACACGGGUUCGUGCCCCGGUCCGGAAAGAUCCCACAUUCUGCGGAGAGGCUGGGCCCAUGAGCCAUGGCCGCUGAGCCUGUGCAUCCAGAGCCUGUGCGUCCAGAGCCUGUGCUCCGCAACGGGAGAGGCCACAGCACUGGGAGGCCUGCAUACCGAAAAAAUAAAUAAAUUAAUUAAUUAAAUAAAAUAAAUCAAUCAACCAAGAAGGUAAGCCAAAUCAAGACAGAAAGUAAUAAACAGUGAAGGACACAGGGUAACAAUUAUUAGCAUAGACAUGUACUCAUUCUUCCAUUAUUACUUAUAUUCAUGUCUCUCUCUCUCUUUCUUUCUCUCUCUCUGUCUCUCUCUGACACACACACACACACACACACACACACACACAUUAUUAGUUGCCAAAUAUUGCCUCAGAUUAAAAAAAAAAAAAAGAAAAAAGAGGUGACUGUAGAGAAAGCAGGACUGUGGUCCUCUGAGUGCAGGUGUCAUAUUACUGAUACUGAGCUACCAUUACCAUACAGUAUAAAAUGCACCCUGGAAAAGUUUGUGUCAGUGAAGACUCUGUUUCUCUGACUGUUCUCACAGUGUAGAUCACAGAACAUUCAGAGUCAGUUCUCAGAUUCUUAAUUACUGCUCAGAAACCCCUUCAAUCACCCAUAUUAACACUUAAACAAAAAAUUUUUGUCAAAUUAUUUUAGAAUGAGUUUAUUGAGUUUAGACCCAACAAUCAUUUACUCACUCAUAACAGCUUUAUAUCACACUAUAUUAUAAGCAUAUUAUUAAUCUCCCUCUCAGAAACAUAAUUAAGAUUAUAUUUUAUAGUAAAUUUUAUCUCAAUUCUUGAAAUAUUUACCCAGUAUCUUCUACCCCUGGUUUCUGACACCCUGGCUAUAUAAAUGCAUAGAUACUUCAGCAGAAUAGCUUUUACUGCUUAAUUAGUCCAAUAGAACCAUAUUUGGGGAUUGAAUUAUUUAUUUGACUAAUACUUAUCAAGCACUUACUAUGUUCCAAGUUCUGUUCUAGAUACUUGGAAUGUACCAGUGAACAAAAUUAAUGGAGUCCUUGCUCUCAGAAAGCUCAUACACUAGUGAGUGGAGACAGACUCUAAUUACACAAGCAAGUAAAUAUACCUUAGAGAGUGGUAAGAGCUAAGAAAUAAAAAUGAAAAGGACUAAAGAAACACAAAAAAUGGAUACCGGGCUUCCCUGGUGGCACAGUGGUUGAGAGUCCACCUGCCGAUGCAGGGGACACGGGUUCAUGCCCCAGUCUGGUAAGAUCCCACAUGCUGUGAAGUGGCUAGGACCAUGAGCCAUGGCUGCUGAGCCUGCACGUCCAGAGCCUGUGCUCUGCAACGGGAGAGGCCACAACAGUGAGAGGCCCGUGUACCACAAAAAAAAAAAAAAAAAAAAAAGAUGGAUACCAUACUGUUAUAAAUAGAUUACUCAGUAAAGGCUGCUUUGAAGUAAUGAAAUGAUUUGAAAUCAGAACAAAGAAUGGAUAGAGUAAGGGAGUGAACCUUAUGGUUCUAGUGGGAAAUGCAUCCCAACACCAGAAAUAGGAAGUACGGGUGCCCUGAAUCAGAUGUGUGCUUAAGAUGUUUAAAGUACUGCAAGAAGGCAGUUGGCUAGAGAAUAAGAGUGGGAAAAAUGUUAGAGUAAAAUUCAGAAAAAUGGUGAGAAGCUUGAUCACAUGGGCCUUGAUGAUCACAUGGUAAAUGUUUUAAAAUCUUUUAUCCUAAGUGAGAUAGGAAACCCUUCAAGAGCUUUUGAACAGAGAAAUGAUAUAAUCUAACUUAGAUUUUGCAAAGAUCACUCUGAGUACUUUUUGAUGAAUAGACUACAAAGGUCACAGAUAGAAGCCAAGGGAAAUGGCAAAAGCAUAUGGAAGAAAAUCAAAGAAGAAUUACAGUAAGGGUUGGAUUGAAGGCUUCCAGGGAUUACUAUCUUAACCUUCUGUUCUUUUUCUCUUCUUCAGAAAAUCACAGGAAGUUCAGCUGUUUCAACUUCAAGAAGCACUUUUACCAGUACAGAACACAUGUUUAACCUUUUGUCUUUCAGUGAAAAUGAAAACAAAUGAAGAGUUUUUUGGGGGGUCUUCUAAUAGAGAAUAGAAUUUCAGUUAAAAUGGUGGAUGUAUGGAAAUGAAGUGGAAGAAGCAAACUGGAUUUUCUAGUUUUAUUGCAUAUAAUAUCUGCACUUCAUUGAGUGAAGGGAACUGGUCAUGACUUGCCCUCAGCAAUAGGGUGAAAGGAGAUGGUGUCCAUCUGGAGACAAAAGCUGUAAACUGGUCAGCUCCUCCUUUAUAUACUCAUCAAACCCCAGGCCUAGAAUUGUGUAGAAGAAGUUUCCUAAUAUAUUAUUUAACCAACAUCAUAACUUGAGUUCAUUUUUUUCUUCAGUAAGUUAUUUUAGCAAAUUACAUGUAUGUAUCUUUCUUCCCAUCUAUAAGUUAAUUUGCUUUCUUGUUGAUUAUUUUCUU